CGCAUGGUCACUUUAUCUCGGAGUCAUUUCCGUGGGAUGCCACAAUAUCCUUGUAACUUACCAGUGUAGCCACACCUUGCUCGUUUAAAAUUAUAUUGACAUUAAGAGAGAAGCUAUGACUCGCUGGACGAUAUUUCUCUUCUGGGUUCAAUUCUUCUCGUUGGUGUUUUGUGAAUACAAAGAUCCGGAAAGCCUUUGCGCGUCUCAACAAACUUGCAAAAACUGUCUACUGACUCCACGAUGUGUUUGGUGCUCUACUCCGGUUUCCAAUCAAAGCGCGAACAGUCCAUUGGUUCGUUGUGUCACCAGAGAAAAAUUUUCGAACGAAGGCAAUCACUGGUGUCGAACGUCGGACGUAAUAGAUGAGACGAAUCAGAUGCUGAUACUCGAAGAUCGACCGCUGUCUUCGACGAGAGGCACAGAUCCAGUUCAAAUUCAACCUCAGAGAAUUCGCUUGACACUAAGACGAGGCGAGAAAUACCGAUUGACUUUAAAAUAUAGCCAGGCAGAGGGUUAUCCGGUUGAUCUGUAUUAUCUGAUGGACUUAUCGGCAUCGAUGGAGGAUUCUAGGAAUUUGUUGUCAGAAUUGGGACAUGAAUUGGCAGAUGCUAUGCGAAACUUGACCUCGAACUUUCGAUUAGGAUUCGGUAGUUUCGUGGACAAAGUCGUAUUGCCUAUGACCAGUACGCAACCGGAGAAAUUAAAAUCGCCGUGUACUUUGAAAACAGGAAAGCCGUGCGCAGCGCCGUACGAUUAUAAGCAUCAAAUGCCUCUUAGCGAGAACAUUGAUCUUUUCAAAACUCGCGUACGAGAAGCACCGGUGUCUGGUAACUUGGACGCGCCCGAGGGUGGUCUCGAUGCGAUGAUGCAAGCGAUGGUUUGCACCAAGGAAAUUGGCUGGCGACAGGAUGCUCGACAUCUUAUUGUUUUUUCGACAGACGCCAGUUUCCAUACCGCUGGAGAUGGUAGACUGGCAGGAAUUAUCGAACCCAACGAUUGUCUCUGUCAUUUGGACGAGAAAGGGUUCUACACGCACUCGCUUCUUCAAGAUUAUCCGUCCAUAUCUCAAAUUAACAAAAUAGCUCGCGAGCGCAAUAUCAACAUCAUAUUUGCGGUAAAAAGCGAUAGGAGAAAGACGUAUGAAUUGUUGAGCGAAAGCAUCGGCGGCUCCUCUAUCGAAACGAUACGGAACAACUCUAAAAGCAUAGUUGACCUUAUCAGAGGAGAGUACGAGAAACUGGUCAAUUCCAUAACAAUGACGGAUAAUGCGCCGAAAAUGAUCGAUGUGAAAUACUACUCUCGAUGUUUGGAGAAGAACGUCGAAUUGAAAGAACGACAAAAAUGCGGGGGAUUACGAGUGGGGAACGUCGUCGAAUUCGAAGUAACAUUACAGGCGACCGAAUGUCCAGCGAAUUCCAGCGAAUGGCAGACAAGUAUGCAGAUAAAGCCGAGAGGUAUAGACGAGAGCUUGACGAUCGAGCUGAGCAUUAUCUGCGAUUGUCCCUGCGGACAUCCAGGACAUCCGGGAUACGUGGCAGCUUCGGAAGAUUGCAGAGGAAACGGUACUUUGGUUUGCGGUGUAUGUUCUUGCAACGAGGGCUUUUACGGGAAGCAGUGUGAAUGCGAAGGGAACGAUGCCGGCGCCGAGAGCGCAGCUGCCAUGGCCGACUGCAAGCCUAACAACGAGACCACCGAGAUUUGUAGCGGCCAUGGAGACUGCAAGUGCGGUGUAUGUGAUUGUGCGAAGCGUCCUAAUCCGCAAGAAGUUUUUUAUGGGAAAUAUUGCGAGUGCGAUAACUUCUCUUGCAAACGCAGCGAGGGAUUGGUUUGCGGCGGGCGAGGCAAGUGCGAGUGCGGGACUUGCAAUUGCUUGCCGGGAUGGGGCGGCGAGACGUGCGAUUGCAAAGAAACGAAUAGCACAUGCAUAUCAAGCAACGGCGAAACCAUGGAGAUUUGCAGUGGACGCGGGGACUGCAUUUGCGGUAGCUGUCAUUGUCAUGAAAAAGACAACAUUCGAUAUUCUGGACAGUACUGCGAAGAGUGUCCCAUAUGUCCUGGACAACGAUGCGAGGAACUGAAGAACUGCGUCGAAUGCAUGGCGUACGGAACCGGGCCUUUUGCUGAAAAUGGAAAGUGCGACGCGUGUCUGCAUGAUAUAGAUAUCGUAAAUAAGGUCGUAGAGGAUCCGGAGAAGGAUCAAGAGACGGGAGCUCGUAUUUGUCGAACUCCAGGAGACGCUGGAUGUACGUUCGUAUUCAAGUACGAAUAUUACAGAGGUGGUAGCGGAGGGGAUAUUAAGAUAUUCAAGAUUCUCGCUGAAAAGGAGAGGGCAUGUCCUACUCCUAUCAACGUCCUCGGUGUCGCUAUGGGAUUAAUCAUUAGCACCGUAAUUAUCGGUUUCUUCGUUCUUCUCGUUUGGAAGAUAGUAACGACGAUCCACGAUAAACGGGAAUAUGCAAAAUUCGAGCGAGAACGAGCCCUGGCUAAGUGGGAUAGGGCCGACAAUCCGAUUUACAAACAAGCCACGUCGACGUUCAGCAAUCCGACGUUCAACGAAAAUUCAAAGGAUUAAGUAAAAUUCAUUUUCGCGCGAAUUAUUUCCACGAGAAGAAUUCGAUUGUAUCGAAAGGUAGUCGCUCCGGUAGGUAGCGCCACCGUAAUCGAAUCGAGGAUGUCGACGCCAUGUUGGUUAAUUGCUUUGUGAGAAGACAAUUUCUAGUCGUCGUGAUGAAUGUUUAUUCUUCGAAUCCCGUGGAGAACAACCUCUGUCUACCUUUAUUCCUGCAUUCUUAUCCAAUAAGUGACGAUAUAUCCAUUCUUUCCUUACUUUUCGUUCUGAAAUUUUUCCCGAACCUUGUUGGUACCUUGCGCCGCAUCUUGUCAUAUCUAGAGCGUCGUAGGAAUUUUUGGCGGCAAUUAAUCUACGCCGAUAUUCGACGUAACGUAACGCAAAAUAUUUCGCGAGGGGGUCUACCAGGAAGUAAAACGAAUGCGAUUGGGACGGACGAGAAGACGAAGGUCGAUAAGCGAUCACUCGUAAAUCAGUUUUAAAUUUGAUCGGAGGAUUUUGCGCGGAGAUAGGUCCUGGCCUUUCAGACGAUUGUUUCGAAUAUCCUCUGGCCUCGUACUUUAUUGCUUGCUAUGCUCGAAGAAGGCAGCCUCGUAAGGAGCUCGUAAAUUCGUCACCAUAGUCGGCUCCUGCUGCAAAACCCUGCGGCGACUCGCUGUAUUUCCCACCAGAAACCUAAAGCUCCACUCACAUUGAAUCCGCCCAUACGACUUGAUUACUCGUCCCUGAUUACCUCCUUGGUCUCCAUUAUGUAUAGUGGCGCUCGUUUUACGGAUAAAGACGUGUCAAGGAAUGCGGAACAACACUUUCAACGAUUUACUUUAUCAUCGUUAUUAAGUGUUACCGACGAUUGGCAAAUUUCGGGAGCUAAAUUAUUGUCAUCGUUACGUCGAGAUGUAGCGACGAAUAAAAAUGUAUUUACCAA